GUCGGUACUUGGGGCAGGCCUGAUGAUGUCUUCGACCUCGAUCUUUGUAUUGUUUUCUCUCUAUUUCUCAGACACUCUGUGAUAGAGAAAGAAAAAGAAAAAAGUUCUCUCUCAGUCUCAGAGACAAACAACUUCAAAUUUCCGCCAUCACCGCUCUCGUCAACCCACGUGUCUCUCCGUCUCUGUCUCCUAAAUGGAUGCUCUCUUUCCCCAUUUCCCCUUCAUAUCCUCGUCAUUUCAUUUCAACUCAAACUCACAGCUAUUACUUGCUGCUCCACUCUCACUCUAAUAACGCCGUUAGAGAGAGACCCAGAACCCGAAAACUACUUCUUUUUAAUCAGAGACAGUGUUAGAGAUCGAAAGGUUUAUGCUUUUGCAACCCCAACCCAAAAAUGUUAAAUUUCUUAGGGAGGAAAGAUGUCAGGAAGAUUCUCAAACGCAAGGAUAGUGAUGCUGGUGAAAGAGGAAAAGCUCUUGAAGACUUGCGGUCUUCUCUAUUCAAUGUGUUUCGCUCACCUGAAGGUGCAAAGCGUCAACAGCAACAACUAUGUGGCCCUGCAACUGCUCUUACAUUCAAUUUUAUAGUUGCUGUUGGUAUAAUUUUCAUGAACAAAUUGGUGCUCAAAGUUGUUGGGUUCCAGUUUCCUAUAUUUCUCACUUUUAUCCACUACGUUGUAAGCUGGUUAUUGAUGGCCAUUCUGAAAUCUCUGUCUAUCCUCCCUGCAUCUCCCUCAAAAUCGGCUCGCUUAUCUACGUUAUUUACUCUUGGCUUUGUUAUGGCUCUAUCCACCGGCCUUGCUAAUGUUAGCUUAAAGUACAAUAGUGUGGGUUUUUAUCAGAUGUCUAAGAUUGCGGUUACCCCAUCAAUUGUUCUCGCAGAAUUUUUACUCUACAAUAAGAGAGUGUCUUUUUCCAAGGUCCUAACACUUGCAGUAGUAUCUUUUGGUGUUGCUGUGGCUACUGUAACGGAUCUGCAAUUCCAUCUCUUUGGUGCUUGUAUAGCAUUAGCAUGGAUAAUACCUAGUGCAAUUAAUAAGAUUCUUUGGUCUAGUCUGCAACAGCAGGAGAACUGGACAGCAUUGGCGUUAAUGUGGAAGACAACACCAGUUACUUUAUUUUUUCUGGUCGCACUGAUACCCUGGUUGGAUCCACCUGGUGCUCUCUCCUUUAAUUGGAGUUUUAAUAACACCUCAGCAAUUCUCAUGUCAGCUAUUCUCGGCUUCUUACUUCAGUGGUCUGGUGCUCUAGCUCUUGGGGCUACAUCUGCUGUUACACAUGUUGUUCUUGGUCAAUUCAAAACAUGUGUCAUUCUUCUUGGAAACUACUACCUGUUUAGUUCCAAUCCAGGCAAGACCAGUAUUUGUGGGGCCUUCACAGCAAUUGCCGGAAUGUCCAUUUACACUUACCUAAAUUUGAGGCAGCAAUCAAGCAGAACAUCCCCACGACAAGUCUCUACAUUACCAAAAUCUAAACUGAGUAAAGAAAAUGGCAACCAUGAUGGAAAUUACGGGGCCGAAUCUGUCUAACACAAUUCAUCAGGUUAGGUACAUGUGAAGAUCUAACUCAUCACUAACUCGGCAUUGUUUCAGUUGUUUACUGUUAGACUAAAAUUAUUCAAUUCUGAUUUCAAAGUUAAACCGCGUUUGGUGUUAGGUUGUUAGUCUGAUGGACUAUCAUAUGACUUACCUGCUACAGGACACUUUUUUGUAGAUUCUGCUGGGUUCUUCAGUACUAUCUUGGGUGCAAACUGAACAUUGUAUAUAUAUUUAAUGAAUUGGGGGUUAGAGGUCUCUUUACUGGAUAGAACUUGAUCAUGCUUAUCAUUUUAGCAUUUUUGGUCAGAGAUUUGAUUGCUCUAACGGUCACACUUCUAGCCGUAGUCUUUUUUUUUUUUUAAUCUCUUGUUCUCUAACCUUCUGUGAGUUUGUUUGAGUUGGUUCACCCAAAUCUGAAACAAAGCUGUGCAUUAGUAUUGAACGCCAGAACCAAAGAAAUGAACCGCACUCUUGGACUUUUUCCUGGAUGCAAUUGCAUUCUUGUAAUUCAAGAUCACUCGUCUCA